AUGACCCUCACAGUUGGAGUACUCGCCUUGCAGGGCGCAUUCUUCGAGCACAUUCAGUUGCUGAAGAAAGCCGCUGGAGAGCAUCAUUCGACACAAUGGGAGUUUAUUGAGGUCCGAACGCCACAAGAGCUAGCCCGAUGUGAUGGACUCGUUUUACCUGGUGGCGAAAGUACAACUAUGUCUUUGGUGGCAGCCAGGUCGAACCUCUUGGAGCCUCUGAGAGAUUUUGUCAAGGUGCUUCGCAAGCCAGUUUGGGGCACCUGCGCAGGCCUGAUUCUUCUUGCCGAGUCUGCCAACAAGACCAAGAAGGGUGGUCAAGAGCUCAUUGGUGGUCUUGAUGUUCGAGUCAACCGCAACCACUUCGGCCGGCAGACAGAGAGCUUUCAAGGCCCUUUAGAGUUGCCGUUCUUGGGCCAGGAUGCGCCGCCAUUCCCCGCAGUCUUCAUUCGGGCUCCAAUUGUGGAGCGCAUCUUGCCGCAUCACGAGGGUAUCCAGGUCGAGGAAAUCCAGCAGGACGAGACUGUCGUUGCACCUUCCCGGCAGGCCAAAGAUUCCGUAGCUGAAGCUGCCAUGGCUGAUCAUGUUGAGGUGCUGGCCACAUUGUCAGGACCAGCAGCUCGCUGCGCGACCCAGGGACGUGAUAUCAACCCAGAUCAAGAGGUUGGUGACGUGGUAGCCGUGCGACAGGGCAAUGUCUUCGGCACCAGCUUCCACCCGGAGCUGACGGGAGAUGCCAGAAUCCAUGCAUGGUGGCUGCACCAGGUGCAGAAGGCAGUGAACAAAAGAAACAAACUGGCACAAUAG